AUGCCAUCGCUUUUUUGUUCUGCCAUUUUGGAGGAAUAUCCUGAGAUGUUGUCUGAUUACCAAUCGCGAAUGCAUGUCCAUUUCAAAGACCUGAAUAGCUCAAAUUCAUCAAUUUAUCAGAAAAUGGACGCAGCAGAAGGCCAGAAAAAGGCCGUUCUCGGCUUCCGAGCGGCUUUCAAGAGUGCCCCAUGGAUCCCGAUAUCGAAAAUGCAGGCCCAGUCGUUCCGUGAACGACCGUUGAAGGGACCCAUCUUGGUCAGCAAGGUCAAGAUUCCCCGUCCGAAUGACGAGGAGGAAGAAGCUUUACGUUCCAAGCUAUGGGACGUCUUCAAAUCCAAGAGUGAAGGGGUGGAGAAGCUCGACCCUCCAGCGCCUUGUGCCAGCUCCUACGAUGGUGAAUGGAUAGGAGUGAGAAGAGAUGUGAAAGAUCCAAAAGCUCCACCGCCAGAUGUGAGCGAGCAGGAAAAGUUCCACGGCAUUCAGCAGAACCGACAGAACGAUAUCACACUCUCUUCUACGUAUCCGGAGGCGCGUGGUUCGGACUCUAUCUGGCCUUCCGAUCCACCGAGAGGGGACUUGCACUGUGACAAUUCUGCGCUGUGUCACCCGCUCAUCGACCCUUCGACGUGGACGGAUUGGGAGGGUAUGCCACCGAUGUGGAUUGCGUGCGGCGAGGAGACGUAUUCCGACGGGAUCAAGUUCCUAGUUAGGAAUAUCAAUGCGUCCGGUGUUCCGGUGACGUUCGUGGAGUACGAGUUCAUGCCGCACGUUUGGAAUGUGGUCAUUCCUUCCUUACCUCAGAGUCGGCACGCUAUGAAACUUUGGGGUGAGGCUUGUAAGGAGCUUGGUGCGACUGAUGAUCGCGCCAAAGAAAGAAAGUCAGAGGCUUGGUUUGUCAAGUUGGGCAAGUUGGAAAUGGUUAAGCGGGACUUUGAGAGGCUGUUGGAUAUUCCUAAUGAUGAGGUGUUGAGGAGGAUGAGGGCCACUAGGGAUGAACUGGCCAAGUAUGUUUGGAAGGGGCCGGCUGUUGGGUAUGCGAAGUUGUGA